AUGGAUUUGCCUCAGUUGUUCCGGAGUUUGAGACAUGCGCGUUAUGCAAGUUCUAGUGCUGUUGCGACUAGUUCUUCUUCUCCAGGUUUCUUCAGCUGGUUGACUGGUGGAUCCUCUACUUCGCUUACUUCAUUGGACAUGCCACUCAAUGGUGUAUCCCUUCCUCUGCCUCUUGCUGACCACGUUGAGCCAAGCAAACUUAAGAUCAUUACUCUUCCUAAUGGUCUCAAAAUCGCCUCUGAGAUGUCUCCCCAUCCGGCAGCUUCCAUUGGUUUGUAUGUUGAUUGUGGUUCUAUCUACGAAGCUCCUUAUUUCCAUGGAGCAACCCAUUUGCUUGAGAGGAUGGCUUUCAAGAGCACCACUAAAGAAUUGAAAGAUGUUGCCGGAGGAAAAGUUAACCAGAAGCAUCUUGAUCGCGCCAAGGCAGCCACAAAAUCUGCAGUUCUGAUGAAUUUGGAAUCUCGGAAACCAGUUAAGCAAUUCUUGAAGACAGUAGAUGGAUUUACCUUGAAAGACAUUACAGAUUUCACCAGCAAGAUUAUCUCAAAGCCCUUGACAAUGGGUUCCUUCGGAGAUGUGUUGUCUGUUCCUAGCUACGACACCGUAAGCAACAACUUUUCUUAAAGCGGCAAACAAUUUUGCAGCGAUAUUUUGGGACUUGUGUGAAAUAAAGAAGGGUCUUUGGGAGAAAAAGAAGACUAGACCAAUUUUAGUUUCUUUUUACGAAAUGGAUUUUGUUGCUAUAUACAGUUGAAAAGGCUGACUUUUUCGUGUAUGUCUCUCCAAAUUUGAAGAAGUAUUUGUAUUCCAAUAAGUAUUAUUUGCUAACUUCAAGCAGACAAUUUGUACUUACUUGGAUCUACCAAAUGAUAAGAAUGCCUCUGAGAUUCAAUCAUAAACAUCUCUGUCUCGUUUGUAUGUUGCCUCACCCCUCACCACCCA